AUGUCUUUCGGUUUCAGUGUAGGAGAUUUUAUUACAGUUCUCGAUCUUGUCAAACAAGCCAGUAAAAGAUUCCAGGAUGCCCCUCGCCAAUACGCUUCAAUAUCAGAAGACCUUAGAAACUUUUCAAAUGUCAUUCAAGAUAUUCGCGACCUGGAAUCGGAAUGUGGACCCGAGACCAAGGACCAAGAAAGACUCCACAAGAUCGCUGACGAGUCUACCCGUCUUGUAAAUGACCUUCUAUCAAAUCUUGAUAAGUAUCAAGACAUUAAAGCUAGGCCUUUGACCAUAACGCAAAAAUUCAAGAAACCCUUCAAACGAUUGACCUGGGACCAGAGCGGCAUUCCAGAAUCCCGUGGACGAAUGUUGCUCUACCUCGAGUUACUCAUCUCGUUGAGGCAGCAGGUAUCCAGUCAAAGGGCCUGCAGAAUCGAACAGGGAGUUCUUUAUCUCAGUGAACGGUCCAAUCAACAGGAGCGAGAUGACAUCCUCGAUUGGAUUGGAACAGUUGACCAUAGCCUCCGUCAAAGCGAUUUCUUUGAUCAACACGUAGAGGGGACUGGCGAAUGGCUGCUUGUUUCCCGGGAGUUUCAGAAAUGGCUAACAGCUAAGGGUGGGCGCUUGAUUUGCGUGGGUAUUCCAGGAGCAGGCAAAACAUUCCUAGCCUCUAUUGCGAUCCAGCGUCUUCUAGAUCUAUUCGGCAAUGACAGCAACACUGGAAUAGCCUACUAUUACUGCGACUUUCGGCAACAAAGUAAUGAAAGUAUCAGGACGAUUCUAUCAUGUGUUUUGAGAAAGCUGGUUGAGUGUUCGAGCUGUCUACCACAGGCUAUCAAGGAUAUGUAUAAGGAGCACAAACGUAUCGGUAACCGACCUUCACUUCCAAAGAUCAAAGAGGCCCUGAAAGCGAUGACUUCUUUCUAUCCCCGAUGCUUUAUUGUUAUUGACGGACUUGACGAGUGUCUUGUAUGGAGAGAUGUUAUGGAUCAGCUCAGACUCUUGCCAGGAGCGAAUAUCUUGGCGACCUCUCGGGAUAGCCCUGAGAUCGUCAACGACCUGGUAUCGGAAGAGGAUAUCAGGCUCGAAGUGCAUGCACCGGAUGCAGACCUACGUCGAUACCUCGAUCACUAUAUGACGAAGGUUGUUCGUGUUGUCAAAAGUGACCAGCAGCUUGCGGGUGUCAUCUCCAACUCCAUCAUUGCCGCUAGUGGAGGAAUGUUCCUUCUUGCUCAUCUGCAUCUCGAGUCUCUUAGAGGAAAGAUGUCUUUCACUUCAUUGAAGAGCGCAUUGGCUGCCCUUUCAACCGGUGCAUCGUCAUACGACAAGGCCUAUAAUAACACCAUGAUAAGGAUAGAGAGCCAACCUGAAGAAGAAGCCGCAAUCGCCAAGGACGUUCUGGCAUGGUUAACAUUUGCAAACCGACCCCUCAAGAUUGAAGAGCUCCCGAUAGCAGUCAUACUCCAGGAGGCAGAUUCGAACAUCGACAGGGAGAGCCUGAUAGGCAUUGAAAUUUUAGUCUCCGUUUGCGCGGGCUUGGUGAGAAUAGAUAAAACAGACAACAGUGUCAGUCUUAUCCACUCCACCACGAAAGAGUACUUGAAACGAAGACUAUUCAACUGGCGCCAGGGCCCGAAUGCGGCAAUCGCAACGAUCUGUGUUACGUAUCUUCUAUUUCCAAUGUUUGAUGUUGAAUUCUCGAAGCUAGAAGAAUAUCUGCAACCUAACAAGGCCGGGGUGCAGCUUCAGCCGCUGCUGGGAUAUUCGCUGGAAUACAUGACGCUUCAUAGUCAUCUCGCCGUCAUCAAGCCCCCCUGCAUGGAUAGGUUUCUUUCAUCGGGUUCCAAAAUUACUAGCAAUUGGUUGCUACUAGGAAGCAAGCAUGGAUAUGAGCAUAUGGAGAACAUUGCUGGAUCUCUCAUAGAGCGAGGCGUAUACAUCGACGUACAUGACCGAGAAGGGAGAUCCAUUCUACAUUAUGCUGUUAUUAACGGCUGGAAAUUAUGCGUUCGGCUUCUACUGGACCGAGGAGCGAGUCUGGAACCGGACAUCGAUAACAUGACUCCUUUGCACUACACAGUCAAUGCCAGGGCUGACGGUGAAUAUAUUGCCAAGACCUUCAUCAACGCUGGCAUACCGAUAGAUACACCAGUGACCAGACGCACAUAUAUACCGAAGUUUCAAGACGGAAAAGUGGUAUAUACACUGAAGGAUAGUGACAUGGGUCUUACUCUAGACUUACCCACCACAAAGGCAGGUUUGACAGCUUUGCAUCUUGCUGCGUUGACUGGUAGUCAGCGGAUGACAAAGUUCUUUUUGGAUCAUGGCGCCAAUCCAAACUUUCGCUCGGAGAGUGGUGAGACGCCGCUGCACCUGGCACUGAAGCUGAGUGCAUAUGGACCGCAGUGGCCUGGCAUAGUGGACUUCUGGAACGAACCGGAAAAUCGUGUGGAAUGCAUCCUUGACUACAUCGGCUUGAAUGAUGAUGAAGACGAAGACGAAUUUGCCUCAAGCCAUGAAUGGAUACGAGAAACGAGGUUGGCGAUCAUUGACCUCCUUCUGGAUAGCCCAGACGUAGACGUCAACGCACAAGAUGAUUUCGGAAUCUCUCCAUUUCACAUCGCGGCGCAGAAGGAGUACUCAUUUGAGUCUGUCGCCGAAAAGCUCAUCAACAAAGGUGCCAGAAUCUCACUGCGUACAGAGAAGAACAAGACACCGCUACAGUUCGCCGUUGCAAGCCGGAAUGGUGAUUUUGUUUCCAAGCUACUCGAACUUGGUGCAGAUCCGACAGAAAGAGAUAUUGAUGGACUCAACGCUUUGCAUUAUGCGGCAAAGAAACGUCACUUGCCAAUAUUCGAAGAAAUCCUAAAUCGCAUUCCAAUCUCUUUAUCGCAAAGGGUCUUGGAGUCGAAAGACAAUUCUGGUCAGAAUCUACUACAUCACUUAUUGGACCACGGUUUUGUUAAUGUUGAUUUCGUCAGCUAUCUGCUGAAAAGGGUCGGUGGCAUCAAUGAUUUCGAUCGAGCAGGGAAGAAUCCAAUGGCCGUAUUUCUGAGCGCGUUUGCACUCUGGGAAUCGUUUGGGCUUUUUGUGAAGAGCAUGCCUCCUCAGAGCUCAACUACAAAGCCUCUCACCCGCCACGCUUACGUAAGAAAACAAAAUGUACAGCUGAGAGGUCCAUUUGCUCUUAUUGUAAACGGCUUGGAGAUCAAUGCCAUUAUCUACCAAGAGGCCAGCCCAAGUCAGACACUAGAAGUCUACGACGACGUCUGA